CCGUCUGUGAUUGACGCACCGCUGCGUUCACAGCUCAGUUCGUCCCUCUCUCUGUCUCCGGCGGAUUCUCCAUGUAUGGAUGCGCUAAGGAGAAGGAUGCUGUAGGCUGAACCGAAGACGGGCGAGAAAUACAAAAAAAUACAGGCUGCUGAAGAGAUUCAAGAAGGAGGGAGCGGGGGAUUCUGGUUUUGAAUGGGCAGAGAACGAUUCACCCUCUGCGGUUGUCGAGUGUGAGCUGCUGAGGUGCCUGUGUGUGUGUGUGUCUGUGUAACCACACAGAUCUUUAGCUCUUCUGCUCACCCACUCACCCACCGGUGACAUGGCGGGGGCUUCUGUGAAGGUGGCGGUGAGGGUUCGGCCCUUCAACUCCAGAGAGAUCGGAAAGGACAGCAAGUGCAUCAUUCAGAUGUCAGGGAACACCACAACCAUCCUGAACCCCAAACAGCCAAAAGAAAACAAGAGUUUCAACUUCGACUAUUCAUACUGGUCACACACUACGCCCGAGGAUAUCAACUAUGCGUCUCAGGUGCAGGUGUACAAGGACAUUGGAGAGGAAAUGCUGCUUCAUGCCUUUGAAGGCUACAACGUGUGCAUAUUUGCUUACGGACAGACAGGAUCCGGGAAAAGCUACACCAUGAUGGGACGACAGGAGCAGGACCAGCAGGGAAUCAUACCUCUGUUGUGUGAGGACCUUUUCACCAAGUUCAAUGACAGCAAUAAUGACAACAGCAUGUCUUACUCUGUGGAGGUGAGUUACAUGGAGAUCUACUGUGAGCGUGUGCGUGACCUGCUUAAUCCCAAAAACAAAGGAAACCUGCGUGUCAGAGAGCACCCUCUGAUGGGACCCUACGUUGAAGAUCUGUCCAAGCUAGCAGUCACUUCCUACAACGACAUCCAGGACCUGAUGGACUCUGGAAACAAAGCCAGGACUGUGGCUGCAACCAACAUGAACGAGACCAGCAGCCGCUCGCACGCUGUCUUCAACAUCAUCUUCACGCAGAAGAAACACGACAUGGAUACAGAAAACACUUUAGAAAAGGUCAGUAAGAUCAGUCUGGUGGAUUUGGCUGGCAGUGAGAGAGCCGACUCUACUGGAGCUAAGGGGACCAGACUGAAGGAAGGAGCAAACAUCAACAAAUCUCUAACCACACUUGGGAAGGUCAUUUCUGCUCUGGCUGAAGUGGACUCUGCGCCAAACAAGAACAAGAAAAAGAAGAAGGUGGAGAGUUUCAUCCCCUACAGAGAUUCAGUUCUGACUUGGCUACUGAGGGAGAACUUGGGGGGAAACUCUCGUACAGCUAUGGUGGCCGCCCUCAGCCCUGCUGAUAUUAACUAUGAUGAGACCCUCAGCACCCUCCGGUAUGCUGAUCGUGCCAAACAAAUCCGCUGCAACGCUGUGAUCAAUGAGGACCCCAACAACCGGCUGGUGCGUGAGCUGAAAGAGGAGGUUUCUCGCCUCAAAGACCUGCUGUACGCACAGGGCCUGGGAGACAUCAUAGAGAACCUGUGCGAUUACAAGAACUUUGAGAAUAAUCGCCAGGCUGUCAAUCAAAGGGGUGAUCUCUCCACAGUGAACCAUGCCAUGACAGGAAUGAGCCCCUCCCCCUCGCUCUCAGCCCUAUCUAGUCGUGCUGCCUCCAUCAGCAACCUUCACGACCGCAUCUUCAGCCCAGCCAGCGAGGAGGCCAUCGAGAGACUCAAGGAAACAGAGAAAAUCAUUGCCGAGCUCAAUGAGACAUGGGAGGAGAAACUGCGUCGUACUGAGGCCAUUCGUAUGGAAAGGGAGGCCCUGCUGGCUGAGAUGGGUGUUGCCAUGAGAGAAGAUGGAGGCACAUUGGGCGUCUUCUCCCCAAAAAAGGUGAGUUCCUUUUCACUGUUGUACAAUAGUUUGAUACGUGUACAACAUAUGUGUGAACACACACAAACUCUUAACAACAUCUGUACUGAUUGCCCCUUUCAGACCCCUCAUCUGGUGAACCUGAACGAAGACCCUCUGAUGUCUGAGUGUCUGCUGUAUUAUAUCAAAGAUGGCAUCACCAAAGUUGGACGGGAAAAUGCCAAAACUCGCCAAGACAUCGUUCUGAGUGGCCAUUUUAUCAGAGAUGAGCACUGCACCUUCAGCAGCACUAUUGGCCCACAGGGAGAGGGAAUGGUUGUCCUGGAGCCAUGUGAAGAGUCAGAGACAUACGUCAACGGAAAAAAAGUGACCUCUCCCACUGUUCUUCGAUCUGGGAACCGCAUCAUCAUGGGAAAGAGCCAUGUGUUUCGCUUCAACGACCCGGAGCAGGCUCGUAUGGAGCGAGAGAGGACGCCAUGCGCAGAAACGCCGGUUGAGCCAGUAGACUGGGCGUUCGCUCAGCGGGAGCUGCUGGACAAGCAAGGAAUCGACAUGAAGCAAGAGAUGGAGCAGAGGCUUCAGGAGCUUGAAGAUCAGUAUCGCAAAGAAAGAGAAGAAGCCAGUAACCUGCUGGAGCAGCAGAGGCUUGACUAUGAGAGUAAACUGGAGGCUCUUCAGAGACAAGUAGACUCUCGGUACCUGGAGUCUCCUGAAGAAGAAGAGGAGCCUGAAGAAGAAGUGCCGUGGACAGAACGUGAGACUGAGCUGGCUCUUUGGGCGUUCAGAAAGUGGCGUUUCUACCAGUUCACUUCUCUCAGGGAUCUGCUUUGGGGCAAUGCCAUCUUCCUCAAGGAGGCCAACGCAAUCAGUGUAGAGCUGAAGAAAAAGGUGCAGUUCCAGUUCGUCCUGCUGACAGACACCCUCUACUCUCCUCUGCCCCCUGACUUGCUGCCCCACAGUGUGGCCAAAGAGAGAGAAAGACGACCUUUCCCACAAACCAUUGUUGCUGUUGAAGUACAAGACCAAAAGAACGGAGCAACACAUUACUGGACUCUGGAAAAACUCAGGCAGCGACUGGACCUGAUGAGAGAAAUGUACGACCGUGCUGCAGAGCUCCCCAGCAGCGCCGUAGAGGACUGUGACCACGCUCUGACCGGAGGAGAUCCCUUCUAUGACCGCUUCCCCUGGUUCCGUCUGGUUGGCAGGGCCUUUGUUUACCUGAGUAACCUGCUGUACCCGGUGCCACUGGUGCACCGUGUGGCCAUUGUCAGUGAGAAAGGCGAAGUGAAAGGCUUCCUCAGAGUAGCAGUUCAGGCCAUAUCAGCUGAUGAAGAGGCUCCUGAUUACGGCUCUGGCGUGAGGCAGUCAGGCACCGCCAAGAUCUCCUUUGAAGACAAACAGUUUGAGAAGUUCCAGACGGAGUCCUGUCCCAGCAGUCUCUCCCACUCCAACACCUCCCAGGAGGAGCUGAGAAUCGUGGAGGGAGAAGGACAAACCGCUGAGAUGGGAAUUUCUGCAGAUGAGGUUAACAACAACACCUGUCCAGGUGAUGAGACACCAGCAGACCUGGAGGCUCCCUGCAGCCCAGUGAAGAGUUUGGGUCUGGAUCUUCCACUGGACCUCUCUCCAGAGAAAGCUCUCUCCCACUUGAAGAUCGGCAGCACCUUCACCUUCAGAGUCACCGUCCUGCAGGCCUCCAGCAUCUCAGCCGAAUACGCAGACAUCUUCUGCCAGUUCAACUUCAUCCACCGCCAUGAUGAAGCUUUCUCCACUGAGCCGCUGAAGAACACUGGCAGAGGACCUCCACUGGGCUUCUACCAUGUUCAAAAUAUCACAGUGGAGGUGACCAAGUCCUUUGUGGAGUACAUCAAGACUCAGCCCAUCGUCUUCGAGGUGUUCGGUCAUUAUCAGAAACAGCCCUUCCCCCCUCUCUGCAAAGACCUCAUCAGUCCACUGAGACCUACCAGGAGGCAAUUCCCCAGAGUGAUGCCCUUAUCCAAACCAGUGCCGGCUACAAAGCUCAGCACUCUGACUCGCUCCACUGCAGGACCCUGUCACGCCAAAUAUGACCUCAUGGUGUUCUUUGAGAUCUGUGAGCUGGAAGCUAAUGGAGACUACAUCCCAGCUGUUGUUGACCACAGAGGGGGGAUGCCCUGCCACGGCACGUACCUCCUACACCAGGGCAUUCAGAGGAGGAUCACAGUAACCAUUGCUCACGAAACAGGGAAUGAUAUUGAGUGGAAAGAGGUGAAGGAGCUGGUUAUUGGUCGCAUUAGAAACACACCAGAGGCUGAUGAGACCAUCAUAGACCCCAACAUCCUGUCCCUCAACAUCCUUUCUUCUGGAUACUUCUGGCCCAAACACAACGACAACGUCUCCUUGGGAGUUGAUCAUAGAACUUUCUACCGGUUUGAGGCUGCGUGGGACAGCUCCAUGCACAACUCUCUGCUUCUGAACAGAGUCACUCCCUACGGGGAGAAGAUCUACAUCACCCUCUCUGCUUAUCUAGAGAUGGAGAACUGCACUCAGCCAACAGUGAUCACCAAAGAUUUCUGCAUGGUGUUUUAUUCACGUGACGCAAAACUGCCGGCCUCUCGCUCCAUCAGAAACCUGUUCAGCACUGGCUGCCUCAGGCCCUCUGAGAGUAACCGCGUAACUGGAGUCUAUGAAGUCACCCUCUGCCAUGUGGCAGACAAUGGAAGUCCAGGCAUGCAGCGAAGACGCAGGCGUGUGUUGGACACCUCGGUGGCAUAUGUGAGAGGGGAGGAGAACCUGGCUGGGUGGAGGCCUCGCAGUGACAGCCUCAUUCUGGACCACCAGUGGGAGCUGGAGAAACUCAGUUUACUGCAGGAGGUGGAGAAGACCAGGCACUACCUGCUCCUGAGGGAGAAGCUGGAGGCCACUCUGCAGGCAGGACAGGAUGCGCUUUACAAGAGCAGCGACAUCAGUGAUUUCGCAAAGAGUCCCGUCCUCAGCCACAGUCCUGGAAGUAUCCCUCCAACCCCUGACAGCCCCAACCAGAGGCAGAGGGAGCUGGCUGCCAAGUGUCUGCGUCUGCUCAUGCACACCUUCAACAGGGAGUACAGCCAGGUGAGCAGCAGUGCCAGUGAGAGCAAGCUCUCUGAGAUGUCUGCAUCUCUUAUGAGAGACUCCUGCUCGUCUGGACUGAACACACUCACUCCGUCCUCCACCUGUCCCUCACUGGUCGAGGGACAUUAUGACAUCAGACACACUGAACCCAGUUCAGAAGCCUCCACACCAGAUCUGGAUCCGUACAGCCCUGUGGACAGAAAGAAAGCUCUCAGGGGAUGCACGUUCGUCCCUGACAUCCAGGAGAUCCGUGUCAGCCCCAUAGUGUCAAAGAAAGGCUACCUGCACUUCCUGGAGCCCCACACCAGUGGCUGGGUGAAGCGUUAUGUGGUGGUGCGCAGGCCCUACGUCUACCUGUACCGCAGCGAGAGAGACAGCGUGGAGAGAGCUGUCAUCAACCUGUCGUCUGCGAAGGUGGAAUACAGCGAAGACAAGCAGACCUUACUUCGGACUCCAAACACGUUUGCUGUGUGCACUGAGCAUCGUGGGAUCCUGCUGCAGGCAACCAACGACAAAGAGAUGCACGACUGGCUGUACGCUUUUAACCCACUGCUGGCCGGCACCAUCAGGUCAAAGCUUUCUCGGAGAAAGUCGAUCCAGUCGGCUCCGGCUGCUCAGAGGAUGUGAGAGUCGAACCGCCAUGGUGGAAAACAACAAAACAAGCUAAACAAUCAGAAGGCUCCACUCACCUCCCUGCUCUAAGAAACAUUGCUCAUAUAAACAAAUUACACAUAAAACCAUUUAAAUAGCCUCCCAUAUGAUGACCCUCCCAGUCCCAAAAACCACACAAACUCUUAUCCUGAAACUCGACAAAACAUCCCUUCUCUGUUUUUUGCAGUCGUCACCUGCAAAACCCUGCAUGCUGUGCUCCCUCCUGCCCUUUGGAAGAAACAUAAGACAGACUAACCUCCCAAACCUGUAAAUGAACCUCUGCUGAGCAUUGGGACUAGUUUUAGUUUUACAUGUCGAUAUUUGUCAUCUGUGAGGCUACGUGUUUCCUGUAGAAAGUUAAUCUGUGGUCAGUCCCGUCUUCACGUGUUCUAAUUAAAUUAACAAUUCCCACUUAUGUGUUUUAAUUAGAGCCAUCAGAUGAGGCAGAAAAGCGAAACACAUAACUUUAGUCUCUUAAGUGCAAGGAGGACACAAGCACUCACUAUAUACUGUACAUUACAUCGUGCUUUACAGCUCAGAGUAUUUGUUUUACCGCAGAGGUCUCAGAUAGCAAACAGAUCGGCCAUUUUAACAUAGAAGUAGCAUUAGGGUGAUUCGGACAUAAUAAUUCAAUGUUCUGGUUUUCGUGUUUUAUUGUUUUUGACUGGAUCCAUGAAAAAGUUUGUCGUCUAAUUAAGGCAAAAAUAAUCCAGUAUCCAGAGAAAUAACUCAUGUUACUGCCUUGUUCCCGAUAUGUGCUUUUUCAUAUAAUCUCCAAAUCCCCUGUGUAACUGAUCACUUUAUUUAUUGUUGCUACCGUUCUUUCACUGCACUGUUAUUUACUUGUGACAGGACCAUUGAUCAGUUUUGUUGCAUGGCACUUUAUUGUCAUUAUUGAGUUAAUGUACUGUAUCAGUUUUUUUUAACCAAAGCAUUUUUUUAAAAUUAUUUUAGAUCAUUGUGUGCAGUUGUUUUAGCAGACAUUUGUUGACUAUUACAGAAAUACACUUUCUCUUUCCUGCAAAGAGAUACCACAUUUUGUACUGAAAUUUAAGCUAAGCUACAAGCUAGCUGAGCUAAGUAUAAAGACUUUAAGCAGGGACAGACUAAUAGCCAGUCAAAGGUAAUGAACUCUAGCUACCAACACUUCUUAAGCCCCAAAACAACAUGUAACGUUGUGUUUGUUUAAGCAGCACACGAAGCGAGGUGUAAAAAUUAGAAGUUCUGAUAUUAUGGGGGAUUGCUUUCAAGGUGCUCAAAUUAAGCUAGGCUAGCUGUUUACCCCUGUUUCCAGGCUUUGUGCUCCACACACAGAGUUAACUCUUCGUUUAACCGAGUAGAAAGCCCAUGAGGAUUGAUGUGUUGUAUCGGGUUGGCUUCUUGAGUGAAUAUGAGUUAUCAGCCUAACAUGAGCAUGUCAGUUUUUCCGAGCUGAAAAAGUAUGUGUAUUUACCUUGUGGUUGACAUAUUUCUGUAAACUAAUCAAUCACAAAUUGAUCUAUGAUCUUAAACAUACAUGAACAGCUGCACUCUGUAUUUAGACUACUUUAAACAAAUGUGUUUUUAUUCUGUAUGUUAUGGGCCGGCAGAGUUGCUUCAUUUAUUUUGUCUUGUAUUUAAGUCUUGUCGAGCUGAACGAGAAGUUAUAAUUUACCAUGGACCUGUAAUCUGUGUGACUUGCUUUGAAUGGACAAGUACGUUGUCCAUGCACCAGAUAGUGCCUCCCUCUUUUUACUUCUUUUUAAUCUCUCCCUCCGUCAUCAUUUUUUGUCUUCGACAUUAACACUAAAGUUAGCAACAUGUGUCUAACAUUAAGCCUUUAUGUAGAGUAAAAGUAGAUGCUAGAGUUCUGUUCUUUAUAUUGAUGAUCAAUGUUUUAGAGUGAAUAUUAUCAAUGAUGCUAUAUAGUAUGUUGGUAUAGCCUAUAGCAGUACAGUACAGCAUAUACAUAUCUCAUAAUCAUUGACUGUGGCUUUGAAAACGAAUCCCCCUCUUAGCUUUUGUACUGUAGCUGCUUGAUAUUUGACAGCCUGAUGCUUGUGUCACAAAUCAGUACGGUAUGGUAGCUUUGCAGAUUUUACGACUCUUAUGUCCAGGGAUGGUUUGUAAUUGCUUUAACCAACUGUUUUUUGUUUUGCACUGUACCAAGAUGACCCCAAAUGUUGGUUUGAAAUCAACAUUACCACUAUGGUGAAUUAAACUAAAUUCAGCCCUUGCUAAAGGACUGCUAACAGUGGGCCUUUUUAAAAACUCUCUUUAUAAAGUUAAAAUCAAAGACAUGGUCAGCCAACCAUAUUGUCGUUCCCAUUUUGCUCUUGUUUUUAGUUUUACUGGUUAUGGUGAAAUGUUUGUGAAAUCUGCCUCACACUCAGUUUUCAAGAAUGUAUUCAGGACUCUCUACGCCACAGGCCGACCAACCUGCAUGAGCAAAGCAGCCUGAGAACAUCAGACAUUUCACCUUCAAUCUGUUGUAGCCCCUGUGAUUUGUAACCAUAUUCUGCCCAUUAGCAAUGACAUGAGAUGAGUUGAUUAUUACUAAACAUUUCGUGCCAUCUUGGUAUAAUCCACUUUAUUUAUUUAUUUUUUUAGAUGCAUACUUAACAUAUUCUGCCAUUUGUCUGCUGGAACAGAAGACAAAUGUAGAGUUUAUUUAUACCUUUUUGAAGGAUGGAUUAUGUUUGUAAAGGAUAUCGCACUUACGCACAAAGCAUCUUUAUUUACUAUGAUUUUAUAUGAAGAUAUUUUAAGAAUGUAAUGGAAAAGGUGGUCCGUGUAUAAACUUAUUACAACCCUGUCCUACAGAGGAGAUGAUAAGAUACUUAAGCUAUCAAACCCCCAACAACACAGUACAAGUUAGCAUUUUAUUUUGUGUGUAAAACUUGCAGAUGACUUGCUUUGCUUCCAGUCCUAAUAGUUCGAAGGAAUAAGUUUCAAAAGAGGAAAGAAAAACCCCUAAGUGAGACAGCUUUAGUGCACUUACCAGUAAUUGUCAAAAAGGUUAAUGAGUUAUCACAAUUUUGGCUGCUUUUUUACUGUCAUAGCUCUGGAUCAAAGCAUGCAGGUCCACUUAUCUUCUGCUGUCCCUCUCUCCUGCCUUAUAGCUUGCUACUGACAACAGCCCCUACCCCUGCCCCCCACCCCUCCCAGAGUGCUGCUUGUAAAGUAUCGUCAUCCAUGAUCCUUGUAAUGACUAACUGGAAACCUUCCUCUUGGCUCUGUAUUGUAUAUAAAUUGAGAUUUUCUGUGCCGGCUCUCAUCACACAGAUGAUAUUAACUCUCUCUCUCUUCCUGUGUAUACCAUAAUGAAUAAGAAAACAUGGCCUGCUGCUUCGUUAAGUGUCAACUCCAGAGCAAAGCACGCUGAUCAGGGGAUCAGUUUUGCACAUUUUGAGCUCAGUGUGGAUGAGGUGGUCAUUAGACUGACGAGUAGGUGGUCCCACGUCUGCUUGUUGCUCUGGGCUGCUUUGACAGAAGCUGAACCAGGUCCCAGCCUGUGAUGAAGUCUUAAUCUCAGUGCUCACGUUUCUCUUUUGAGUGUUUCGAGUUCUUUCUCAUGUCUGUGGACACGUAACAAAAGUUGUCAGGAAAAAAAAACAAGGCGAAUCAAUAAAUGAGUGUUGAAACUUAAGCAACAUCUUAAUGUGAUUUGUUUGUAGCCUUCACUAACUUCUGUUAUUUAUGAUUUUCAUUACAAAGUAUGUACAGUUCAUUCAAAUGAAACGUCAUGUGGCAUAAAGGCAUUACAUACGAUAUGUUUGCAUUUUUGAUGCUGGUUACAUGUUUGCACCACUAUUGUACAGAAUGUCAACCAUAGUAGGUCUGCUGGUUUUUGUAUUGUCUCAUUAAUCCACAAUACUGCAAAUGUACCUGAUAUCAACACGGAAUAUGUCAUAAAAAGAAUACUGGCUA